AUGUAUAAACACUAUUCUUCUGGACAGCAUUGUGCAGUCUUUGGCUGUAAGAAUAAUCAACGAAAGCGCAAGCUCCUCUUGGAACAAAUGUGCGAAGCGCAUAACGUCAAAAGGAGCAGUUGCAUGUGCGGCGUGUAUUCGCUGCACAGGUUUCCGGCUGCGCCCGAAAGACGCAGGGAAUGGGUAGUUGCACUCAACAGGAAGGGUUUCGAAGCUAGCAAAUACGCACGGGUUUGCUCCAUCCACUUCGUUGAUGGCAAACCUACUGAGCGCAAUCCGUGUCCCAUGCUGCAGCUUGGCAGCUACGCAAAGAAGGUGUCACAGAGCAUCGCGACAGUGGUUGACACCACUACAUCUCCUGCUCCUGCUUCCGGUGAGCAGCAGAGCAUGUGGGCAGACGACAGCUGGGCUACUGAUGUUGAGGCUGUUGCUCUUGACCUCAGCACCUGUGACCACCACGAUCGAGCGAACAGCAGGACAAAUGAAAAGUGUGAUCAGGCUUCCCAGGCAGAGCCUAGUGUAUGCUCUGUUGGAGUUCAGUGGGAGGACCCUUGUGCGAGUGUGUUACAAGAACAUUCGUACGCCACACUACAAGUAACGACAGUGUGUGCUGAGACACAAAGCAUGCAAGAGAAAUCCUUGACUGAAGGCCUCUCAGAAUCAGUGUGCCACUUUUACACUGGCCUUUCUUUGGAUGCAUUUUCCAAGCUAGUGACGACUGUGUCUUUAGCUGCAUGCAUUAGUGGCAGCCUAUCCACUGGGGAUCAAGUGUUACUGACCCUGAUGAGGCUCCGGCUUGGGCUGCUGUACUAUGAUCUGGCUAUAAGGUUUGGCAUAUCUGUCGCCAGAGCUGGAAGAGUCUUUCGUAAGAUACUUCUCAUUCUGGACAACAUCAUGAGAAACGUUGUGGUGUGGCUGCCACUCGAGACAAUUUUCGCAACCACGCCAUUUCAGUUCAGUGCUAGUGGGUAUGCCAACACAACCUGCAUUAUAGAUUGUACUGAAGUCCAGAUGCAGCGACCAAAGAAGAUUUAUGCACGGGGACAAAGUUACAGCCACUACAAGGGCUGUAACACUGUGAAGUGCCUAGUUGCAAUAGCACCAAGUGGAUUUAUCAUGUUUGUCUCGAAUGCCUAUGGCGGACGGGCGUCUGAUAAAUUUAUUGUCGAUGAUUCUCAAUUUUCGGAUUACUUGUAUGAGAACCAAGAGAUUAUGGCGGACAGGGGUUUCGCACUUACUGCCUCGAUGAAAGAGAAGGGGGUCAAACUAAAUAUGCCAGCCUUUUCAAAAGGUAGACACCAGUUUCCUGAAAUGGAAGCUACUGUGUCAAGGAGGAUAUCACAGCUGCGAAUCCAUGUGGAGCGGGCUAUCAACAGGAUCAAAACCUACAGAAUCCUCAAAAGCUCCCUUCCCAUCCACCAUAAGAAGUUGAUGGACAGCAUAAUACUGGUGUGCGCGGGAUUGUGCAACUUGAAAGGACAGCUCAUUGCCCCAAAGAACAGUGACAACAAAGCUUGUGCACAGCAUGAGGAGAGUUGUUAG